CCAUUAAUCCUAAUAUCCUACCAAUCUAUUCAUUGUGCUUAUCGCUACUUUCAUAUAUACUAUUUUGGUUCCCAACUGUUUUCUUGUCUCCCUCCAUUGUCUCCACAAUGCGUCGUCCAAGUCGUGCUGAUGGCUUCGCCAAGGAACGCCUGAGAUGGACUCAAGAGCUCCACGAUCGAUUCGAAGAAGCUGUUAACCAGCUAGGAGGUCCAGAUAGGGCGACGCCUAAGGGAAUUCUCAAAGCUAUGGGCGUUGAUGGGCUUACCAUUUACCAUGUCAAAAGUCACUUGCAGAAAUACAGGAUGUUAAAGUUUGUUCCAGAAACAAAUACUAAAUGCAAGUUUGAGAGGAGAAGUAUUUCAGAAAUACUGCCUAAUUUUGGUACAACAUCAGCUGCACAGCUUAAUGAAGCAUUGUUAUUGCAUAUGGAAGCACAAAGAAAACUAGGGGAUGAUAAACUCGAGGUCCGAAGGAAUUUGAAGAUCAAGAUUGAAGCACAGACGAGAUAUUUCAAGAGAAUUUCAGGAGGGGACCAUAGGAACCGAGUCACCCCAACAAAAGCUACCAAAUUGUCGCCUCCCAUAUCAUUGCCAUCGUUAUGUGAGGAGUCUGAGUCCAACAUAAAGGAUUCCGAGGUCGAUUCCGAGGCCGGAAUAGUGGAAGAUAACUCGGCAUCAUCAUCGUCGGUAUACGCAUUUGCAUCGACAUUCCACCCAGAUGCCUAUGAAUGCAAUGACCCAAACAUGCAAGAAAGACUUUCCUACACUGCUAAUGAUAUCAUCGUCUUUCCAUGGAAUAACCCGGCUUGCUCAUCACCCUUGGUGCCCAGCUUUAUGUGAAUCAUGCCACAGGCUUGCAUUGCAUAGACAAUAUAAAUUUGUAUAAUAAAUCAAUGAUCAUAUCAUGUAUAGCAUCACAGAGAUGCUGCUUCAUUAUUAGGUAAUAAGGGGGUGAUGUGAUAUGUGUAGAGCA